AUGUUCUUCGGCGACAACUUCUCCGCUAUGAGGCCCCUGCCGCCGUCGGUUCUCGACGGUCCAGCGAUACGAUCAAGAUCUGUGGUCUUCAACGAAGCUUUUACGAUGGAUCUACGCAGUGGAGAAGAGAGAGAGAGAGCUUCGGCAAGGAGAGAGAAGGUAAACGCCGAUAAGAUGCGGAGUUGUCACGCAUCGCAAAAAGAUCGAGGCGGGGCACUAGCGAGGAGAAGCGACGCGAGAUCGGCGGUUUGA